AAAAGUGUUAAUAAGAUGCAAAAAGGGUGUCGUUUUUAUUCUGAUGAGAUUAUUUUUUUAUUCCCGGCUCCUCCGCCUCUUUUGCGCAAUGACGACAAAGAUAAAUACGCCCACAUCACCCAGCUCCUUCUACGCCUUACUUUUAUCCUCUUCCACGGAUUCCGCGUCGUCGUCAAGAUACCCAGGCGAGCUUUAAAGCCGCCCCGACGUCCACGAACUCAGUUGAUCCCCAGGCACCGAAUAAAAAUGAUUAAAUUCUUGCAAACUACAAUUAUUUUAAGUUGCCUCAUUGUUUUAAAUGUUUCUUUACCGACAUCUAUCGUCGAAGAAGUCAAAGAUAAUGACAUAAGGAAUUUUAAAGUUAAAAGAGCCCAUGAUUCCCAACCCCAACCCGGCGUUUUCUACAAGAAACCAACAGCUAUAAAAAGAGAUACGACAAGAAAUGAGCAACUUGUACCAAAUUGGGGGGCUAACGAAGUUUACCCCAACUUAGGGGGGCUAACUUACAUCGGGUCGAAUGAUUACUCCGACGAAAAAGCCCUCACCGAUUACGAAAAAGCGUAUAAACACGCCGAAAAUCAGGUUAAAUUGGACGAGGCGCUCCGCAACGCAAUUUUAAAAUCGGAGAUUUAUGGGGAACCCACCUCGAUGAAUCCUUAUCGAUACUACGUUGACGAUCAGAAGAAGAGAAAACGGAGGGAGGCACCGAAAAAUAAACUCAAAUAUGAGAGAGUUAAACGCGACACUGAGUUAAACCCCGAAGAGAUUUUAACGGUUUUGAGCCUCCUGGACAAAGAGAGACAAAGAAAUCCCUCUUUCGAUAACGAUUUAAACAAUUAUUUAAAUCAGAAUUAUUUUAAUGGGAUCUCCGAUGAUGAGGAAACUUGGUUGGAUGGGCCAGUUUAUCCCCACGUAUCCCACAGCAACAAAAACUCGAAAUAUUAUUACGAAAAGCCGACUCAAAUUUACGGAAAAUAUCCCGACGUUUUCGAGUCGAAGCCGAAGCGGUUUAAAAUCGCGAAAAGGAAGAACGACCCGACUAAGGAGUUAAGAUAUUUAAAUGGACCCUCCGUUAACGAUUAUUACACCUUGGCUCAACUUUUAAAUAAUCAACGUGAACCCAACGUACCCGUUUAUCACAGGGCCGUAUUAUAAAUAUCCUCGAUGUUUGCCAAAAAAAAAUUUUAAUGUCUAUAAACACCAUAAUCGUAAAAUUAAGA